ACCCCACGUCGUUUCAGAAAGAGAUAGCAUAGAAAAGUAAAUGGAUUCAGGCAGCGUUGAACGAAGGCUCCACACUUUAGCACAACAUUUUAUCGCCGAGAAAGCAGUCAAACCGGGUCCAGAAGCUACUGCCAGCACCGCCUGUUCGAGCAAACGAGCGGCUGUUCUGGUGUGUUUGUUUAAAGGGGAAGAGGGCGACCUGCUCGUCAUUCUCACAAAGCGAGCCUCAACUCUCUCUUCUAACCCUGGGGACGUUGCGCUCCCCGGUGGGAAAAGAGAGGAAGGGGAUGCUGAUGACGUGGACACUGCCCUUCGGGAGGCCAGGGAGGAGAUCGGCUUGGAUCCGUCCCUAGUCAACGUUAUCACCGUUUUUCAACCCAGUUUAACCAAGAAUGGUAUGACGGUGGUUCCUGUAAUUGGCCUACUUUCAGACAUAAAAGCAUUUAGUCCAGCUCCAAAUGCUGCAGAAGUUGAAGCAAUUUUUUAUGUUCCCUUAGAAAUGUUUCUCAAGGAUGAGAACAGAAGAGCAGAGGAGAAAGAAUGGAUGGGACAUAUGUAUCUGUUACAUUACUUUAACUAUGAAGCAGAUGGUAAAGAGUAUGUCAUCUGGGCUUUCACUGCUGGCAUUCUGAUAAGGGUUGCUUCAAUUGUGUACCAAAGGCAGCCGGCAUUUCUCGAACAGAGGCCGAAAUUCUGGAAUUAGGUUUUUAUGUCAACCGGCAUUGCUUGAGUCAAUAUGUAUCAACUUUGAGCUUAGACAAUGA